GAAUCCGUCCGUGACAGUGAGGUGAAGGAGAGUGGAACAGUAUUUGAUUUGUAAAAAAAAUGGAAGAUUCAAUGGACAUGGAUAACAUCGCUCCACUCCGCCCACAGAAUUUCCUCUUUGGAUGCGAGCUUAAAGCAGACAAAAAAGAAUAUUCAUUUAAAGUCGAAGAUGAUGAAAAUGAGCAUCAGUUGUCCUUGAGAACAGUUAGUUUGGGUGCUUCUGCUAAAGAUGAACUUCAUGUUGUUGAGGCUGAAGGAAUAAAUUAUGAGGGUAAAAUGAUUAAAAUUGCCCUUGCCUCACUGAAGCCGACAGUGCAACCAACGGUAUCUCUAGGAGGGUUUGAGAUAACACCACCAGUAAUUUUGCGGUUGAAAUCUGGUUCAGGACCAGUAUAUGUCAGUGGGCAACAUCUUGUGGCUUUAGAAGAUCUUGAAUCCUCCGAUGAUGAAGAUGAGGAACCCAGCCCAAAAAAUGCAAAAAGGAUAGCACCUGAUUCAGCAUCAAAAGUUCCUCGGAAAAAAACACGUCUAGAAGAAGAGGAAGGAGAUUCAGACGAGGAUGAUGAUGAUGAUGACGAGGAUGAUGAUGAUGAAGAUGAUGAUGAAGAGGAGGAAGAAACACCUGUUAAAAAGACUGACUCUACAAAAUCGAAGGCAGCUCAAAAGUUGAAUCACAAUGGGAAGGCUUCUGCAUUGUCCACAACACAAACGACUCCAAAAACUCCAGAGCAGAAAGGAAAACAAGAUACAAAGCCUCAAACACCAAAGACACCAAAAACUCCUUUGUCUUCUGAGGAAAUAAAAGCAAAGAUGCAAAUUUAUUUAGAAAAGGGAGACUUACAUCAAGGAGGUACACACUCAGGAUCACGUAGCACAGACUUUAUUAACUGAUCCCAAGAGAGACCA